AUGCAAGCCUUUAAAUCACCCAAAUAACUUUAAUCUGCAAUAUAUUAGUACAUAGUGAAUUAAUUUUCAUCUUAGGAAGAUCAAUCAGAAUUAUUGAAAACAUUUAAAGCUUUAGACACUAACAAUGAUGGUUAAUUAAGCAGAUAAGAACUGCUUAUUGGAUUGAGUAAAGUGAUGAGCGAAUAAUAAGCAAUAGAUGAAGUAGAUAGGAUAAUGAGCGAAAUUGAUCAAAACAAUUCAGGAUCUAUUGAUUAUUCUGAAUUUGUGGCUGCAACAAUCAAUAGGUCAAAACUAUUAUCACAAGAUAGGUUAGAGAAAACAUUUAAGGCCAUUGAUAAAGAUGGGAAUGGUUCAAUAAGUAUAGAUGAAUUGAAAUUAAUAUUUGGAAAUGGUUUAGUUUCUGAUGAAAUUUGGAAGUAAAUCAUGCAUGAAGUAAAUGAUAAGGAAGAGAUAACAUUCUAAGAAUUUUCUGGUUUAAUGAUGAAUUUGACAUUUUGAAUGUUUGAUAAAAACACAUUCUAAUAAAUAUAUAUGUUAGAA